UUAUUCAACAAAAUAUUACGCUAAAACAUAAGAUUUUGAUGACUAAAGGCAUAAUGUAUGCUGUUGAUAUUCACCGACAAGCUAUGAAACUAAACAAGCAUUUCAUGUCAAUAUUAGAGGUAAUGAUGUUUUGUUUAAUAAUAUGUGGUGUGGCUUCUUUAAGCCUCAACUUGUUUCAAAUAGCAUCAUCUGAAAAUGAUGUCAGGAAACUCUUAAUACCAUUUGUAUUUGCAUCAAUAUGUAUCGUAUAUAUGUUUUUAGCCAACCUAAUGGGACAGUUUGUAAUUGACCACAAUAGUCACGUAUUUAUUACUGCGUAUAAUGUUCAGUGGUAUAAAACUCCUUUAUGUAUACAGAAAAUGAUAUUAUUUUUGUUGCAAAGAGGAACCAAGGAAUUUACUUUAAAUGUCGGUGGUUUAUUUGAUGCAUCCAUAGAGACUUUUGCUAUGUUAGUGAAGGCUUCAUUAUCUUAUUUCACUGUCAUAUAUUCUGUACGGUAA